GCGCAGUGGUGACGCUGUUGUGACUUUCCGGUUGCAGCUGGACAUGGCGGCGCUGCUGAGAGGUCUGCGGGCUGGAAGGGCGCUCCGCGGGUUGUGCGGCGUGGUGGCUGCACCAACAGCAACAAGCCCUCCGUGCGGCAGCCUGAGACGAGGUUUCCACUGUGCGGCGCUGAGGCUUCAGGACGAGUCCAAAUCUGACAAACCCCCUUCCUCAUCCUCCUCAUCCACCACCUACCAUGAGCACUACCAGGCUCACUCUGCUGACCAGGAUGCAGCAGGAGUUUCUGGAUCCGAUCCAGCAGCAGAUCAGUCUGCCGGUCCAAACACCGGUUACCAGGAUCAGAGCGGAGACCGGGACGAGGAUUACGAAACGGAGGAGCAGCUUCAGGCUCGAAUCCUGACUGCCGCUCUGGAGUUUGUCCCCCUGCACGGCUGGUCGAUGGAAGCUAUCGCAGCCGGCGCCGAGAGUCUGGGUUUGUCCUCUGCUUCCACUGGCAUGUUCGACCAAGGAGCCGGAGACCUGGUCCUACAUUUCAUCGCCCAGUGCAACGCACAGCUGACGGAGAUCCUGGCUGAACAACACAAUCAGGUCCAGCUGGGCCAGGCUGAACCAAAGAAGACAGCAGACUUUAUCAGAGAUGCUGUAGAGACCAGACUGCGCAUGCACAUCCCCUACAUCGAAACAUGGCCACAGGCGAUGAGCCUCCUGCUGCUUCCCCACAACAUCCCCGACAGCCUGAAGCACCUCUCCACACUGGUGGACGACAUCUGGUACUAUGCAGGAGACCGAUCCACAGACAUGAACUGGUACACCAAGCGGGCGGCGCUGACCGGCAUCUACAACACCACAGAGCUGGUGAUGAUUCAGGAUUCCUCUCCGGACUUCCAGGACACCUGGACCUUCCUUGAUAACCGCAUCCAGGAUGUGGUCAACAUGGCCACCACAGCCAAACAGGUGCAGUCGACCGGUGAAGCAGUGGUGCAGGGACUCGUGGGAGCUGCUGUUACACUGAAGAACCUCACAGGACUGAACCAGAGACGAUGAAGCACCGAUCCUGACCGUCCACACCACGGGCUCAUAAUCAGUUUCAAUUUUGCUCUCACUUCUGCUUCACUGUGUACAGUGACUCCGAGAUAAUGGAUGUUAAUAAACAGAAGUAGCUAAUUAGUUUCUGUUCACCUGCACGACCUCCGACCCUGUCGCUCCGUGGCUCAGAUCACUUUUUUCCCUCCCUUUGUACAGAAGGAUGCAGGUCUGUAAUUUAGCUGAUGAAUGAAGUUAAAGUUCAAUAAAGUAAUAAUUGUAUAUUUAA